UUCGGCGACACUGUAUUGUCGCAAGAUUCAACGUAAAGAGCGGUAAAAAUGCAAGAAGAAGUUUGGGAUUUUCAGAGAGAAAAAGUAUAAUGUGAAGAAAGAUGGCUAGUUCUGUGCAACAGGAUGGAGUGGCUCAUCCUGUUCUAGAAGAUUUGAAGAAAGAAAUCAGCCAACUCGGUAGCAUGCAAGUAUCUUCAUCCCAGCAGCGGUAUAGGCUGAUUAAGAUAUACAGAAAGACCAUUUGCCGUUUUACUUCAGAUUUUCUCUCCAAUCUUGAUGAAGUCUGCAAUGAACUUGCUGGAAAUUCUUCUGCUAACUCAAGCCGGCAUUGUGAGGUACCAUUGAAUUUCAUUCAGUUAUGUGUGAACGAGAAGCCUCUGAUCUUUGUUGGUUCUGACCCUCCACAAGAGCCUGAAGGCACCAACAGCUCUGGCAGCAAAAACUCUAUAAGGACUGGACCCUCAGACUUCUAUGUAGCUGAGACGUUGAAUAGGUGGCUUCUGUGUCAUCUUCUGCAGUUAUUGAGUGAGCAUGCUUGCCAAUCUAUACAUCAACAAACAUCACAGAUUGUCGUCUCAUUGCUCCAUCUUAUCAAGUUCAAAGAAAUCAACACCUUUUAUCGCUUCUUCAAUGAUCUAGCCUGGCUAUUAGCAGAAUUAAUGCAGAUCAACCAUGAGAAGUUUAGUGAUGAAGAUGAUGACUUCCCUGACCCACCGUUUCAAGUUCAACACUUUACUGUGGAUGUCAGCAGCUCAGAUAAUAUUGAGGAACAUCCUGAGUUUAAAAUCAUUUCUUCUCAUCCCCGGCACAUUGAGAUUAGCCAUGUCAGCAAUUGCUAUCUUCUUCAAGUAGCAGUCUGUGAUAUCCUAUGUGAGAUGUCUACCGAUGUGGAACCAUUCCUAUCAAAUAACUUGCUGUUGCUCUGGACGACGUUGGCAUGGCAACUUGAAACUGGACAGCUAGAAAUCAAACAGGCUUCCUUGAAAACCCUUGCAAUGCUCAUCCGCCAAGUUGACUCACCCCCACUGCAGUCCAUAGACCAUAUAGUGGACCUCAUGUUCAGUGUUCUAACCUGCUUGCAAUCAGGACAUGAUCUAUUCAGGAAUUAUAAAGGUGUAGAUUUACUAGCAGAGAAUCUAGCAGCUUGUUUCCUGGAGCUUUUUGCUGAGAACGAAAGAAAGCCCAGAUAUACAAUACCACCUUCAGUCAUAGAGAUUGUCAUGGAAAUGCUGUCGUCCAGUAUUCCCAAAUAUGGACUGCAUGCUUUCAAAUCAGAAUCCCUUAGUACUUCGCUGUGUCACCUCCUAGUCUACAUCCAACGUCACAUUCCUCCUGGUUAUGAGUCUUUAGAGUCUGUGAGAGAGACUAGAAUGAAGACCAUCACUCAGGCUCUAAUACAGCAAACACACAUGCUCCAGAAUGGACAGUGUGUGGUUCUACCCCUAGAGCUAGCCAUCCGCUCAGACCUGAAUGCAACACUCCCUAAGGGGUUCGUCACCCAGUCUGACCCUGUUGGAUCAAAACCUUCGACCAGUGAUAGUACCAGAGGAACACAUGGUAGUACCGCUGGGGACAUUGUGAUAGACCUUACUGAUACCAGCAGUGGUGAAGAUGUACCAGAGACAUCAAAGAAAACCAACAAGCUUUCCAGGAGAAAGUCAUCUGUUGGACACACUACCAUUAGAGAUGCUGCUGAAGAACCUGUUGAAGUUACUCCAUUUUGUCCAAUGUAUGAGAAAUCUGGCACCCUACGAGAUGUCCUCUACAAAUUAGAUUCACUGUGUCAGAUACAUACCAAUGAUAACAAGAGCUUGUACCAUGUCCUGGAGGCGACGAGAACCCUCCUGGAAGUCGUGUCAAGAAGCUGCUGCAGAUACGGUGAGGACGUCAGAAACCUUACCGACAUCCCAACCACAAUCAACGCCAAGACCCAUUCUACUAAGAAAUCACCCAGAGUGGAUCAGAGGAAUGAUGCCGAUAGGGGAGGAAGAGAUGGCUUCUCCUUCAAGAAUACACUGUCUAUGUGGAUCAGUGUGGAGCUGAUGGAGAAGAUGUGUGAUCUGUGGUUGAGGACAUUGCAGAUCCUGGCAGGAGCUGGACAGUCUGCUGUGAAGAUGGGAGGAGAUGGAGAUAGGAAGGAAGAGAAUGAUGAAUUCAAACAUCUAGUCCAGUCUUCAUAUCAGUGUAUGUGUAGUAGUAUUGCAGCUGUGCUCUCACUUUCAGGUGAAGUGAAACUCCCUUCUGACUUUCUCCACUCUAUCACAUGGAUUGUUUGUUUACCUUGGCUGCCUAUGGAAGCCAAUUGGUUAGAUCUCAAGAUGUUUGGCAAGUUAACAGUGAAGGAAGUAGCAAGUCUGAGCAGUAGACUAGCAGAAAAACUAGAUGAUUCUUCAAUGCAGCAAUGUCUCCCUAUUGUUGCUUUGCUCUCUAAGGAUAUUGCCCCAAAAUGGAGGAUUCAUGUUUUCAAGGAUUCUAUGACGAGUAGUAAGGAGGAUAUCCAGAUUGCAGCAAUACAAUCACUUCCUCUUCUUCUCUUCAACUUGACACCAACCUAUUAUACACUCAUACAAGAGCAUCUACACCCCCUAUGCAAAUGUGAAUCUGAACCUGUUACAAGUUGUUUAGCUGAGAUGAUGGGAAAGCUAUGUUGUGUACUAGCUACUGGGUGUACAAUACGCAGAGAGCUUGACAAGGAGCAAGUACCUUUGCACCAAGCAUUGCACCUCAGUUGUACCACCUGUAACCCAUGCCACCGCACAGAGGGAACCAUAGCUGACAAGGUGCACCAUUCAGUGGAACCAACCAUUCUAGAUGCUUCAAUCAUCUCUCCAUUCAUGGUGAUGUUACAAAAAGGAGUCAAAACAAAGCUAGGUUUGAUUCACAGUUUAAGGAAGGUGCUGUCACAUUUAGAUCUGAAGUUCACCAACUCUGCUGUGACGGGAAUACUCAAUGCUUAUCUCACACUAGUAGUGGAUGAUGAUCAUCUAGUCAGACAAUUGUUUAGUCGUAACAUCAAGUACCUGGUUGGUAAUGGUGACCAAUGCAGUGAUCUGAACAUUCAGGCAGUGAUCUCUCAACUCAAGUUAGCCUUUCUAUCUGGUAAAUCAUCAGGGAAUGGAUGUUUACAGGAGACAGUAGUCAGCUCUAUUGGAGAGCUGGGCAAGGUUGCUGAAGGAGAGUUACUCAUGGUAACUAUCAUAAGCCUGUUGGAAAGUUUGCUGUCUACAGUCACUAUGGUCAAUUCCAUUGCUUAUAUUGAGCUCCACGCCAUAGCUGAAGUCAAGGGACAGACCAUGGCGUCCAUCUUGACUCAGUUCAAACAGCCUGUGUGUAAGUUUUUAGUAGAGGCCAUGCAUGAUGCGGUCCAGUCCUCCUCACAGAACCAGUCUGAGACUCCGGAUCAGGAUAAGGACCCUUGUCUGGACACCAUCACCAAGGUUGCUAAUGCAUUUGGCUUCAAAAAAUUGGAGGCAUUCUAUGAGCGAACUUUGGAGUUUCUAUUACCUCACAUUGUUAGUAAAGCCAGUGCCGAGGCAAGCGUCUUACUCAAAGCCAUGGCUAGAACAUUGAAAAUGAGUCACAGAGAGAUGUUGGUUGAGAACUUCAAGUUCAUAUUCUCUUACUUGGUGAGGACACAAGGCAAGACUGAGCUAGAGAAAGCAUUACAUUACAUUCAGAGUGAGACUGAGAUUGAACUAGGGAGCCUGCUGAGGAUGGAUUAUCAAAGUCUUCAUAAUGAACUUCUCUUGCAUCUUAGUCAUAACUAUUCACAGGUGUUCAGUGGCCUUGCAAUGCUAGCAUCCCGUGAUGACGGAUACAAGGGACCUCGUCCUAUCACACACCCAUCAGAUAUGGCUGACUUCCUACAACCGAGGCUACUAGGAAUCCUAGCAUUCUUUGAUUCUCAGCUUCUCAACAGUAGGAUACCCAUACAAGACAAGAAACAGGCAUUGGAAAGUCUUGUAUGUAUCAUGAAGCUGAUGGGACCGAAGCAUAUCACAGGUGUUAGAGUCAAGGUCAUGACGACACUCAAGAUUGGUCUCCGCUACAAGGAACAUGGCUUCCCAGCUCUAUCAUGCAAGGCAUGGGACUGCUUUAUUCAUAGCGUUGACGCAUCAUCUCUUGGUCCAAUGUUAAGUCAGGUGAUUGUCACUCUAUUACCUCUCCUCAAUCAACUACCUCAGCAAGUCAGUACUAUCAUACACACUCUCAUCAUAGAUAACAGAGAUGCAUUCAGUGAGCGAUUCAAUGAGAUCUACUUCCUGCCAGACAUUCCUGAGCUUCAAGAGGUCAACACACUUUUGAAGGAGCACAGGGAGGACCCCUCAAGCCAGCCUGACCUUCGAACCUUGCUGAAGAGGUCACUGAAAGGGGUCAGUCAUGAGAGUGUGGAUGUAAGAAUCCAUGCUCUAUCCAACCUCAGGGAUCUUCUCCAAGCAAAUCAGAGUUGUCUUCAUGAAUAUGUUGUGGGCAGUGAGACAGUUGCACCAGUCAUUAAUGAGCUUGUAUCAGUUCUUCUAUCAGGGUGUCAUGACUCUGAUCACACAGCUCAGAGCCUAUUUGGUGAAUGCCUUGGUGUGUUAGGAGCUAUUGACCCAGGAAGAUUAGAUCUCAACACCACAUCAAAGAAAGCAGACAUGUCCAAGUUUCAUGCCAGUGUAGAAGAUGUUCAUUUUGCCUUUGACCUGAUCAAUGACCUUGUGAGAGCAUUCCUAGCAGCUGCUGACCCCAGGUCACAGGAUUGUUCUGCAUAUGCCAUCCAGGAAAUGCUCCAGAUAUUUGAGUGCAGAAACGUCAGCAAAGAUGGACCUGGCAGGCAACUGUGGCGGCGCUUCCCUGAGCAUAUCCAGGAAAUCUUAUCCCCUCUCCAAAACACCAAGUACAUUCCCUCAGCAGCUUCAUCUAUCAGCAAAGUGACUGUUCACCCCAUAUAUCGCAGCAAGAAGGUCAAGACCUUCAAAGAUUGGGUGUGCACCUGGACCAGUUACCUGGUCACCAAGGUUAAAGCCAACAAGCCUGGUCGUAUCUUCCGAGCGUGUAGCAUGAUCAUCAAACAUGACAUCCACACAGCCAUGUUUCUGCUUCCAUACACACUACUCUAUGCACUACUUGAUGCCAAUGAUGAUGAUAAGCAAGAGAUUCAGAAUGAGCUUCUAGCUGUACUGACCCAUGCAGAGAGAGUAGAGGAUCAGAGACCUAGUGAAGAUCGUCACAUGAGCGCUCAAACGGUCUUCUCUGUUCUUGAUCACCUGACUAACUGGAAGAGACAACGUAUGCAGAUCCUUCAGGCUGCUAAGAGUAGGCGAGGGGCAAGCAACUCUGGUGAAAUAGCCUCUAUUGAAAGAUACCUUGAGUGUGUGAAGGUGUUCCUACAGGAAAUCCCACAGGACAUCCUAGCGAGGGCGUCCUUCAACUGCCGAGCCUAUGCCAGAUCUCUGAUGCACUUUGAGGGUUACAUCUUUUCAAACAAUCAAGAUGUUCAAAACCAUUUGGGUUUUCUGCAGAAACUAUACAUAGCUAUGGAUGAACCUGAUGGUGUAUUGGGGGUUUCUGCGAUCAGACUCCAGGAACCGAGCUUCAGAGAACAGAUCCAUGACCAUGAGAGCACCGGUAACCUUCAGGAUGCAGUGGCAUGUUAUGAGAGAGCUACACAGCUUGAGACAGGAGAGAUGGGUCAUCAUAAAGGAUUAGUUAGAUGUCUCCUUGACCUUGGUCAGCUCAAUACUGCAUUGGUUCAUGUUAAUGGGGUGCUUUCACAAAGGUCAGACUGGUCAAGCCAACUGAAUUCCUAUCGCGUUGAGGCAUGCUGGAAGCUAGCUAAAUGGGAUGAUCUUGAAUCCAAUCUCAAACAUGAAGGACACAACAGUGAUUGGAACAUCCUCCUGGGGAAGACAUUACUGGCUGCUAGAGAAGGGAAUCAAGAAGAGUUCCGAACUCAGUUACAGCUGGCUAGGAGUGCUCAGAUGGGACCACUCUCAGCUGCAAGCAUGGAGAAAGGCUCAUAUCAAAGAGCAUAUGAAUAUAUAGCAAGACUGCACAUGCUCUGUGACCUGGAUCUAGGGGUCACCAAUCUCCUUGGAUUCUCUGCUGGGGGUGAUUGUAAGAGCCAAUCACAAGCUGAGCUGAUGGAAUGGUGGGAUGCCAGGCAAACUAUGGCCCAAUCAUCAUUCAGAACACAAGAACCCAUGCUAUGUCUACGAAGAAGUAUACUAGGACUUAACAACCCUCCCAACACAGAGAGAACAGAGCUGGAUAAAGACAUCGGUUACUGCUGGCUGAAGAGUGCUAAAGUUGCAAGAAAGGCGGGUCAUCUCCAGGGUGCCUAUAGUUCUCUCCUAAACGCUGGACUCUACUCCUUACCAGAACUGUGCAUUGAGAAAGCAAAGUGGCUUUGGGGAAAGGGUGACUGUCAUCAAGCCUUGAUUGACCUGCAGAAGGGCGUGGCCAAGCACUUCUCCCAUGGCAACCGGCUACAGAAUGACAAAUCACCAGAGGCAAAGGCACAGAGGCUAGCCCAUUCAAAGGCUUUGCUGCUGGUUGGUCGCUUCAUGGAGGACACAGCCAAGUUUCAGAGUAACUCUGUAAUGAAGCAAUACAUGUCAGUGACCGAGGUCAACUCAGAAUGGGAAGAUGGUCACUUCUAUCUGGCCAAGUACUAUGACCGUCUGAUGCUCAGCUUUGCGGAUAGACCAGAGAAAGCAGGGGAGUUCGUUGUACAUGUGGUGAAGAACUUUGGUCAAUCUUUGAUGUAUGGUAAUCAGUACAUCUACCAGUCCAUGCCACGCCUACUCACUCUCUGGUUAGAUUACGGCGCUCAUGUUUCUGACCUAGAGAAAGGCAACAAGGUCAAUAAAGCUGCACAAGCCAUGGCUAAACUUCAUAAGAUCAUUGCCGAGUUCACAGAUAGGCUAGCUCCAUAUCAGUUUCUGACGUCCUUCUCUCAACUCAUCUCUAGGAUCUGCCACUCACACAAAGAAGUCUCCCUUCAGCUACAGGAGAUCAUAGCUAGAGUGGUUGUGGCCUUCCCUCAACAGGCUGUGUGGAUGUCAAUGGCUGUCUCUAAGAGUUCGUAUCAAAUGAGGCAGAGGCGAUGUGCUGAAAUCUUCAGUCGAGCUAAGACAUUGGAUAAGAAGCUGCAGAAAUUCAUCCAUGAUGCUACUAAACUGACUGAUAGAUUACUAGAUCUGUGCAAUAGACAGGUAGAAACAGGCUGUCAAAGACUCAGCAUUAACAAUGAUUUCAGAUCUCUCAAGAGACUUCUAGCCGAUGGCAACUUCAGUAAGAUCAUCGUCCCUCUUCAGUCAUUCAUGACAGUCACUUUACCCAGCAGUCAGUCAGUACAUCAUACUCACGAUCCCUUCCCGUUGACUGAGGUUUAUAUCAUUGGAAUUGAUGAUACUGUGGAAGUGCUUCCAUCUUUACAAAGACCUAAGAAGAUUGGAAUUCAAGGCAGUGAUGGUAGACUCUAUGUCAUGAUGUGUAAACCAAAGGAUGAUCUCAGGAAAGAUAAUCGUCUCAUGGAAUUCAAUGGUAUCAUCAACAAAUGUCUAAGAAAGGAUGUAGAAUCCAGAAGGAGAGAGCUACAUAUCAGAACAUAUACUGUGAUCCCACUCAAUGAGGAAUGUGGUUUGAUUGAAUGGGUUCCAAACACAGCUGGACUCAGACCAAUACUACAUAAAAUAUACAGGGAGAAAGGCUUGUAUACAUCAGGUAGUGAACUCAAAGCUAUGAUUCCAAGUCUCUCAGCACCUCUUGAAGAGAAGCUGAAUAUCUUUGAGAAUAAACUGAUGCCUCUUUAUCCUCCGGUCUUUGGAGAAUGGUUCCAGAAGACAUUCACAGAUCCUACAUCAUGGUGAGCAUGUUUUUCUUGUCAUUCUGUUUCAAACAGGGGAACAUUUCAUGAAACAUAGUGAUUUUUACUGAUAAAUUUAUCAAAAUAUGUGCAUCUGAUUGGCUUAGAACAAAUUUUUAAGUAAAAAUCAUUGAUUUUUGUUUCACAAAGCACUCCCCGGGUUAUUUGGAUACUAUGUAAAAUAUGAGCUGUAUGACCCUCUGUCCCUACCUACCUGCUAUACCAUCUGAUAUUGUGUAUUAUUCGUAUCAGACAUCUGAGCAGGGCAACUUUAAUACAUUGUUGCCUGCUUGAGACUGUGAUCAAGUGGUCGAUCAAUAAGUUUCCACUUGUUUAACCACGGACAAAUUCAUUGCCCGCUCAGGAAUAUCUAUGAGAAAAUGUGUGGAAAUGUAGCGGGCAAUAAGGCAGAAAGCUAACAUCCGCGUAUUCCACGCAUUUUUGUACGCGUCCUUGAGUCGCGCAGUGCUAUACGUCACAAUGUUAAUCAAGUUGAGACAAUGCUGAAUAGUGCGUCCUCAGGUCGGGGACGCGUCAUUUCAAUUACGUCACAAUGGUAAAGUUGAGAGGCCCAGUCUGCUCAACAUGACACUUAUAGAUUCCCAUUCUUAAACUCUAAAAUAUCUGAAUUUUAAAGGAGAAUGAAACGUUUGGAAUGAGAUAGCUUGUGUGAAAACAGAAAAAUCAAAGAAACAUCAAUUUUGUGAGGGCAAUAUAUGUCCUUUCGCCCCCAGGCCAGUCAAUAUUGCUAUUAUUAACCAAAUCAGACAUCUAGAGCAAAAAUCGUUGAAGGGGAAUGAAACCUUUGGAACAAGUAGGCUUGUGUC